AUAUAAAAAAUGCUCGGUAUGCUCGUUUCAGUUUUCCUAUGGAAAACAGGCCAGAAAACUCUCCCUGGUGCCAGUUCUGGGAAAGUCUUUAACACACAGAUUUUUGUUCUCACAUAAGUAAUUGUUGCAUCAGAUACUUUGACUUCAGCAGUGUAACUUCAACCUUCCAGGCUCUCUGUGAUGUUGGUGCCUGUCUUUUAGACCUAGAAAAGCUUGGGUAGGGCCUGACCAAAGGGAAAAAACCACAGAGGGGAGGGAAAAAUACAAACAGAUCUCAUCAAUUGUCCUGACUACUAUAUUAUUUGAAACUGCAUUAAUAAAUUUGCGUAAUUGCCUAAUGGCUUAUUACUACAGAAGAUUAAGGUGUGUUCUAGCCAAUUACCUAAUUAAAUCAAGACUGUAAUAAUUUGAAUUGAAAUUCUUAGUUGUCUCUAGACAUAUAAGGCAUAUCUACCCCAAGAGCUUCUAUAGCUAAGAGAGCUUAGAAACUGAGCAGUGCCCUGGCAGAGUGGAGAGAUGCACUGUGUGCCACACACACCAUGGGCAGUGUGCUGAAAAUGCCUGGGGUUUGUGUGGUGGCAUCUGCAGGAAGAAAUCGAGGCAGUUGAAAUUGUUGCAGCUGUGAGUUGAAAAUAUUUGCACAGGGUCCCUGUGUCCCUCAUCUUCGGUGCUUGGUUGUGAUGGCAGUGAGGUUGCUGUGGAUCUUUAGUAAAAUAAUAAUUUAUCUGACUUUCAGUAUUUUCUCAUUUCUUUUGUUGUUGUUGAUAAGGGCGCAAAGCAAAGAGAAAACAACCCAGAGGUGUGAGAAUUCAAAUUGUCAAGAUUUUCCUGUGUACCUCAGAGGCUUUUCAAGGCACUUUGCCUUUUUGAAGUGGCUAACCUUCACUUUUGACUAUACAUCUAGGGUAGAUAAGGAGGCUUCAUGACAUCUUCAACCAACUGAAACAUUUCCAGGCAUCAGAACAAAAACCAUCCAGAGUAACAAAUGAAAGGGAGUGAAAUGAUGAGAACAGUCUUAAGGAUGAUUGUCAUCAACAGGAAUUAGUUUCUGCUGGGAUUGGAGGAAAGGGAAGCUUUCUCAAGGGGAAGCUGGAAUGUCUGUGGACUGAAGGAACAGGCAAGGAGCAUGACUUGGUGGGACUGUGGAAGAGUCUCAGCCUCCAGAAGGGAGAACCCUGUGUCACCUGCAGUGCUGGGAGCCAGGGGCAUUUAACACCAGCUCAGAUGGCUGCCUGCAGCCUGCCUCUGGGACUGUGGCUCCUGCUGCUUCUCCAGGACGUCCGGACAACCCCACAGACAUCAUUAACCCCACCUCAUUCCUGUGGUAUGAGGGAGAACUGGGUCUAUGAUGAAACUUCACAAAACUGCUGUUACCAGUGUCCCUCAGGCUAUGUUAAAAAGACAGCAUGUCCUCGGGAUCCAGCUGUAGACUGCAUGACAUGUGGACCUGAUCAGUAUUUGACAAAGAAAUUCCAAAAGCCACAAUGUGAUGCCUGUGUGUCAUGCUCCAAAGAGCUGGACCUCGUGGAGAAGCAGCCGUGCUCCCUCACCUCCAACCGCGUGUGCGAGUGCCGGCCGGGCCUGUUCUGCCAGCUGGUCGUGGUGGACAGCUGCUCCCGCUGCCAGCGCCACUCUGCCUGCAAGCCCGGCUUCGGAGUCAAAACCAGGGGCACCCCAACAAAUGAUGUCACUUGUGAAGAGUGCCCUCCUGGGACCUUUUCUGAUCAGAACUCCAGCACAGACAUCUGCAAACCCCACACCAACUGUGCCACAUUGAACAAAGUAACGCUAAGGAAAGGAAAUGCUACACACGAUCAAGUUUGCCUGGACCAGUUGCCCACUUACCUCACCCCAAGCGCUUUGUCCAUGAGAUUCAGCAAUGAAACAAAUAACUUUGACCCGAGGAUGUUUAAGGAGAACCUGGUGACCUCUGCUAGUGGUGACUUUCUAAGUGUCACAACAACUGAAAAUCCCAGUUCAACUCCUGAGGAGAAUGCUCAGGCUCCCACCUCAGCCAAGGGGGACAUGACAACAGGAGGUGUGGUGCUGUGGGCAGUGGUUCUCUCCGUGGCAGUGCUUCUUGGGGCCAUGCUGGUGUUUUGGAAGUGGAAGGUCUGCAAGAAGCGGAUCCUCGUCCUCAGGAGAAAGCCACACCUGCACUCGGUCAUCGCACACAAAUACGUGCUCAAAUCUCAAGGUUCGGAUCUUGUGAACAAAUGUGCAGUAAGUGUGAACAAUAUUCCAAACCAGAUCACUUUCCAUGCCAAAAAGAUCAUACUGACCACUGACAGUGGGCUAGAAGAGGAGGAGUUAAUUGACAGAACCCUUCCUUUGGAAACCAACAAUAACUUGGUGUCCAGCACAGAAAAAGCCCAGAGUCCUCCUCGGAGUGUGACUGAUGUGAUACCAAGCAGUGGGAAUGCCCCAGACUGCCCUGUGGAGUCUCGAGUCAGAGACCACACAAAUAACAGAAUUGAAAAACUCUACAUCAUGAAGGCCGACACUGUUAUCGUGGGCUCUGUUUCAGAAGUGCCCAGUGGCAAGAACUGUGCUGUUAAAGGAUGUGAAAACAACCUUGAUGCCCAGGAAAGCAUGGAAGAGGAACUGGAAAUGCACUAUCCAGAGCAGGAAACAGAGUCUUUUCCAGGGAAUGAUGUCAUGGUUCCUGUGGAAGAGGAGGGAAAGGAAUUUCACCACCCCACCACUGCCACUGAGAAGUGACAACCCACAGGGAUGGUGUGGGAAGACACAGAAUCAUCCAGUGUGACACUAAGGCUGAAUUUAUGGCAAGGGAGGUAAACACAAUGUGCCUUAGAUUAUUGGGAAACUCCUGGAAAACACUGAAACACUAACUCUCAAACAAGGAGAGUUAGAACCUAUUUCAUCAAACAAAGGAGAGGAUCAUCCAAACUGCUGGCCUUCGUAGCUGACAUCAAAUACUUCCACUUCCCUGCCUCCCAGUAUCAUACUGACAACAAAUUUGAAUCAAAGCUGCAUAAUUUAGAGGACAUCUGGAUGUCAGCUGAAGUUUCAGAGCUUGCUUUCUCAGUCUGAAGGAAUGGAUUGAAAUCUAUGUCUGGUUACUUCCCUUAACUGUGAAAAUUCUGGCCAAGAUUCUGAGUCAAGCUUGAGACUCAGCCGUGUUGUUUCUACUCCAAUACAUUGAAUUUUGUCAUAUAUUUUGCAACAUCUGGCAUUUACUCAAGGCUUCAACUUUUGAUUGAAAAUUACAAUAAUCUCAGUUUUCCCUAGCAUAAACAUAACUGUCAAGUUUGUGGAUUUCAUGUUUCUUGAGGAAUUAGGCUCUGAAAAUAGAAGGCAAAUAAAACUAAUGGACCUCCACUGUACUUUAGGCCACUCUUUCUAGGUUUUGAAGUCCAAUUCAUAUUUUUUUGACUAUAUGAAAUUAUUAGUAAGCAUACAAAACAGCCUCUUCUGAUGGAAGCCAAACUGGCUGAGCAUCUGGCUCUUGGAUGAACUAUGGGUUAAGCCCAAUGUGGAGCCUGUAAAAAGAGAAAUGAAGAAAAGAAACUAUUUUUCUACUGAAAAAGAGGCACAGCAGUUAUUUCCUAUAACAUUGUUAAUAUCCACUUGUUUUAGAAUUGUUCAUAAUCAUCAGGCUGACACUGAUUUGCAUAUCCUUUAAAAACAAACCUGUCUGGUGGCCAACUGGCCUGUGUUAUGCUAUUUUUAAACCUUUUGUGCUGCUCAUUCAAUAACUGUAAAUGUAAUAGUGCUGACUGUACUUUUGCACAGGACGAUGGAAAAUGAGCACUGUGACAAAGUGUGUCUCAAUAAUCAAAAAAAGCAACCACAAAACCCACUGCUUGCUUUGUAGUUCUGUCCUGAUCAGAGCACUGCCAUAACAGUGGUGCAGGUGCAGUGGCUUCUGUCUUAGAGCAAACUCGAGGGCACAAAAACACCUUCUUGGGCCAGACUGGAGUUUGAGCCCAGCAUUUCAUCUCUGACAGUCACAGGAAGGGAUUAGUUGGGAAGACCAUAACUGCUGUUUGCAUUCAUCACAGUUCUGCAGCUGGCAUUGGGUUCAGGAUGUCAAAGAGUUUGAGUCAGCCUUUAUUAUUCUCUUAUAUCACCACUAGUUUUCCUUCUCUCUUUUGAAUUUCCAAGUACAGUCUGCCUCCAUAAGCACGUGUGGCUAAAGAUUACAGAUAUCAUGCACUGUGUAAAGGACUUUUAGCACUUUAAACCUGGCCUCUUUAUUUCAGUGAAUGUCACUAGCUGUUGCCUUACAGGAGUCAGUGAAUUGCUUCUUAUUUUUUCUUUUUCAACCAAGUUGCCUUUGUGAUGGAUUGUAUCUCAGCUUUGAUUGAACAAAGCCUCCAGGCUGAGUCCCAUCUUUUCAUAUUACUUAUGUAAGUUUGAUGCUCCACUGGCUUGGUCACUUUAGUUGACCUUUUCCACACCUACUUUAACUUCACUACAUACUUCAUUUUAGAGAACACCAAUUUGUGAAUCCACAAACUGAAUAACCCCAUUUACCUGGCUGGGAUUGUUCGGGGCUGUUCUGCAGCGACUGUAAUUGUGUAUUUCCACUCUGUAUAUUAAUUAAUCCUUUUUACUGGAACAGCUUUCUAAAAGAACCAUACGCAUUGCAACCUGCUGGAUGUGUUACAAUUAGUUGGUUUAAUAAUGCUGUUAAUCUCUGAAUUAAAAAUUACCUGUAUUUUAAG